AUGACGCAGCCAAUUCUCGAAAUCACGGCCGACAGUGCCACUUCCACACCCACACAAGCAACACCACACCUACUGCCCUGCCAAAUCCACCACAACGGACCGGUUGGACAAGUCGACGCCUUCUGGCGGCCACAAGAGAAGGACGGCCAAGCUACGGCCUACUUCCGCGGACGCAAGCUGCACGGCCAGACCGUCACGCUGCCCGCCGACUACCGGGGCGUUGUAGGCGUCCGUCGCGGCUCGCCCCGCGAACAAGCCCGUGCUAGCAAUACAAGCGCUCCCGAAGAGGUUGUCGACGUUGACGCCACAGCGGCCGAACAGGAGGCACAACGGCAGCGUCUGGACUCGGGCGGACUCGCGGUGCAGGCCGAGUUUGACAAGAUCGUGAUCUGGGGCCACCAGACCACGGCCGACGCGACUACCGACCCGUAUGUUCGCAGCAUGGAGGAGUGGGUAGCAUUGUCCGACAAGAUACACUCGUACGAAUAA